AUGACCGAAUCAUACGAUAUAGUAGUGGUAGGCGCUGGAUGGUUUGGCCUCGCCGCUGCAAAAGCCAUCCAUCAAAUCCUACCCUCCGCUUCUCUCGCCAUCCUCGAAUCGGCUGAGUCAUGCGGUGGCACAUGGUCCAAGAACAGACUGUACCCAGGCCUCAAGUCAAACAACAUGAAAGGAACAUACGAAUACCCCGACUUUCCAAUGAACGUCGAGACAUAUGGCGUCGGGCCCAACACUCACAUCCCUGGCGCAAUACUCCACCGAUAUCUUACCGACUUUGCGAGGCAUUUCGACAUCUACGACAAGGUACAGUUCCAUACUGCUGUUGAUCUUGUGGAACGAAAUGGAGACGCGGGCUGGCGUUUAACCGUCACUUCACCUUCUGGCAACCGUUUCAUCAACACUGCAAAACUUGUUCUCGCGACAGGUCUGACUUCGACACCAAACAUGCCCUCUUAUAAAGAUGCAGAAUUGUUCGAAGCUCCACUAUUUCACGCAAAGGAAUUCUGCAAAGAGGCACCCAACCUGAAAGUCAAGAAAGCAAUCGUCGUUGGUGGUGCCAAGUCCGCUUUUGACGUUGCAUAUGCGCUGGUCCAUGAUGGCGCAGAAGUCGACCUGAUAGUACGCCCAACAGGCAACGGCCCUGUCUGGAUCGCACCGCCUUUUGUCACACCUUUGAAGAAGCGUCUGGACCAACUUCUGAAUAUCCGCUGGAUGACAUGGUUCAGCCCUUGCCCAUGGGGUGAAGCUGAUGGUUACCCUGGCGUCAGAGAGCUCCUUCACGGCACUGCCUUGGGAAGACUUAUCGUUAAUGGGUUCUGGAAGGCUCUUAGUGGCGAUGUUAUUUCUGCCAAUGGCUACGAUUCACAUCCCGAGCUACAAAAGUUGAAGCCUUGGCACUCUGCUUAUUGGAUCGGCAGUGGAUUGAGUAUCUUGAACUACGACACACCUCUGUUCGAUCUUGUCAAGCAGGGUAAGAUCAGGGUGCACAUUGACGAUAUCGAGCGGCUCGAACCCAAACGAGCAAUCCUUAGUUCCGGCAAGGUCAUUGAAACAGAUGCUAUCAUUUGCUCAACAGGCUGGAAGAAGGAAUCGACUAUCAAGUUCGCAGAAGACGAGCUCGGUCUUCCCUACUCUCCAGACAAGAAGCGUGCACUCAGCAAAGCAGCCGAUGCACAAGUUCUGUCGUUGUAUCCCGGUCUGAAGUCACAACCUGAACUCAACGUCAAGGCCAAGGAAGCCAACCCUCUUCGAUACUACCGCUUCAUGGUUCCUUCACAGAUGGUGAAGACUCGCGACCUCGCCUUUUCAGGCAUGAUAUCAACCGUCAGCACUGCGACAUGUGCCACUAUUCAGGGCCACUGGAUUGCUGCCUUCCUGGCAGGAAAGAUCCGAUCUAUCCCCUCCUCCGAUAAGGUGAUUACAGAUGAAAUCAUGCUGCACACACAAUGGGGAAAGUGGCGCUUUCCAUGUGGCUACGGUGCUGAUCUGCCAGAUAUGGUGUUUGAAGGCUUGCCCUACUGUAACAUGUUGAUGAAGGAUCUCGGACUCAACACCCACCGCAAGGGAAGCCGUUACGCGGAACUCACGUCGCCUUAUUUGCCGGCUGACUUUAAAGGCCUGGUUGAGGAGUUUAUGGAGAAGGAGGAGAGCUGGGGUAAGAUCCAGGGAGUAGAAGUACAAGAGGUGGCGAUGAAGAAGAAGGUUUAG